AUGGCCAAUGAUUCCAUCAGAAUCGAUGAAGACAAUGCCGCCAACUUCAUGGCUCAUCCUGGCAGUGAGCACAUGUCUGGAGCGCCGGCUACUUAUCCUACAAGUCAUCUCACUGGAAUCAAUGAAUCCAGCGUCACCGAUCCAUCCAAUCCCGCUUGUCCUGGGCCCAUUUCUAGAAUGCCCAUUGGAUCUACUGGUGGAAAUACAUCAAGCACUAGAUUGCCCUACUACGGAGUUGGCAUGCAUCCACUACUCGUUAAUUCUACUGCCGAAAGUAUCUCAAGCACUAGAAUGCCAUACCACGGAGUUGGCAUGCAUCCACUACUUGUUGAUUCUACUAGCGGAAAUGCAUCAGCGCUUUACCCAACAAUGAAGUGCUGCAAGUCUCGGUUUGCCCAGGGAAAGCCACAACAGCCAACGAACUUGUUUUCGACAAUGGUACGAUGCGCCAAGAGGGUUUCUUCUGCACAAAUGACCCAAAAUGGUUUACACAUGGAAGUAUCCUUAAACUUUGAAGACGUAUCUAUACCAGGCUUGCUCAACGAAGUCACAGCAACCACGCAACCAAUUUCCAACAACGGAAUGUUGCGUCAAAAUGAUUCAUAUGCACAAGUAGCUCAAAAUGACAUGUCCAUGAGAAAUCUUCUCGACAAUGGGAAUGAAUCAAGGGUUUCAUUAUUCAACGCAUUCGGAGAAAACGAAUUCUCAGAAUUACCUGAACUAGACUUUGGCAAUAGCACAUUGCACCAAGAUGAUCCAAAUCCAAACUUGCCCAACGAACUCACAGCAAAUGAGUUCGCAGAACUACCUGAAGUAGUCCCUGACAAUGGCAUGUUGCACCAAGAUGGUCUACGCCCCAACUUGUCCAAUGAAGUCACAGCGAUCACCGAACCAGUUGCCAGCAAGGAAGCCGCAUCAAUCACGGGACAAGUCGCCAACAAUGAAGUCACAGCAACUACCCAAUCAGUUGCCGAAGAUGAAAGACCGAGUCAAAAUGAUCCAGUCCAUAAACACGGAUCUGUUCACAAUGAUGGCUCAGCUGAUAACCUAGCCGAAAUACGCAGAUCCAAAGCUGACGAACUCACAGACCGCCAGGAACGUGCUAUCGCUGCUCUCCUUAUUCGUUUCCAGAAUCUCGUUAAACUUGCUGCGUUACCUACUGAAGAUGCAUUUACGAAGGAGACUGCAGCCGCAGAGGGAUUGAGAAUGGAGGUUGAGAGUAAUGCCUUGACAAGCGCAGCAGAAGAUCUCUUAAAGUUGACUAGAGAAUUGAAGGAGUUUUGGAUUUUUGGGUCAUUAAGAGGAAUCGGCGAAGGAGAAGGUGAUGGAGAAAUGGAGACCGAUUCAAAGAAGGUCGCGGAAUUGAUUGAGAAGCAAUUGGAGAAAAAGCAUGAGCAAGAGAAAAACAAGGCAUAA